AUGCCAGCAUUUCCUGCAACGCACAAAGCGAUGCAGCAUGCAACAAAUACUGGCACAGGAAUGGCAGCUAGAACAGCGGAUGUCGCACUGGCUGUGGGACGAUCGUCAUGGUGGCUUCCGGUGUCGUUGCAAAAUAAAAGGCAAAAAAUUAGUUUUGCCGAAGCUUUUAAAGAUUUUUUGCAAAAUCUUUCAUUUCAUUGUUAUGGAAAAUUAGUUGAACGAGGUCGGAGCAGUCAAGAAAAGCUUCUCUGGUUCGUUUUUCAUUUUACUGCUCUAAUAUUUUUACUGAUAUUCUUGUGGAACGUACAAUUUAAUACCGAACGUUUACUGAGUACAACAGUGGAAAAUGAACGCUACCCCAUACGUAAGGUUGCCUUUCCAGCCUUAGCUAUUUGUCCUUUAAAUCGCAUUUCGAAUACUUCCGCCAUGCGUUAUGCUGUUGAAUUGCAUAAUACUAUUGUACAUAGGGGUAUUCACGAUCUCAAUAGUCGAGUGAUAGGAAAUGAAAAGGAUCCCGAAAUGCGUGGUAUCAAAUUCUUUUAUGAUUUCAUACAAUUACUUAUGUAUAAUUCCUUUUAUGUGAAUUAUUUUUUCGAACGUGAUUCGUUAAUGACGUUCCAAAAUUAUUUGGAUUUAUUCGAUACUGACGAGUAUGAAAUAUUUUUCAACACAAAAAAACGUAUGAGAAUGCUUGCUCCCUCAUGUGAAAGUAUUUUGCUGGAAUGUCGCUUAGGUGGUAAAGUUAUAAAUUGUUCUAGUGAAUUUGUAGAAACAUUAACACCUCGAGGAUUUUGCUGUGGAUUCAAUACCUAUGGCAAAUAUUCUGUGGAGCGCGAUUAUUCGACUCGCCUAUUUGGAGUGAUGAAUGGUUUAACAGUGGUCUUAAAUGCAUCCACUUCAGAUUUUUAUCAGAUAUCAAAACCAGGAUUUUUGGUUUCAAUAUACUCUGCACGUAAUUAUCCUGAUGCUUCAUCUGGUGGUGUCAGAGAGCAGUUAAUACUACCAGGUGUUAAUUCAUUUAUACAAAUAUAUCCACAUGUUUUAUCAACUGUGGAUGAAGCUCGAAUUUUAAGUCCAAGUGCACGCAAUUGCCUCUUUGCGGAUGAGUUGCCACACAUGUUCGGUAGAGGUUACACCUUCAACAAAUGUAUGACUAAGUGCCGUGUAAGGAGUAUUUUGAUUUUAUGCAAGUGCUUACUCUAUAGUAUACCGGAAAGGUUUCUUGAUGUAAGGGCCAGCACAGUUUAUUGCACAUUACAACAUCAACCAUGCUUGAAACGAUACGAUUUUAAAUGGCUCAAUGCAAUUACCAUGCGGAAGAUUGUGCCUGGUCUGGAACGGGAAAUGGAAGAUGGAUUAUAUUGUUCUAAUUGCUUGCCCUCAUGUACUGAAACAACGUAUAAAAUACGUUUAUCUGAUUUACCCAUAACGCAUUACCAAACUACAAUUUUAAAGUAAGUUCCAUUGAAUCCAUUAAAUUUAUCUAUUUUUUUUUUCAAUUGAUCAGUUGUAAGUACUUCACAACUUCAAACUAUUUGUUUUGCUUCAAUUGAAAAUGACUUGGCCACACUAAAUGUCUACUUUGCUGUUUCACAUAUUCCAUACUAUAAUCGGAUACUUAAGGACUCUUGGUAUGAAGUACUGAGUGUAGUCGGUAACAUCUGUGGCAUUAUGACGGGUUUCUCCAUAAUUGGCAUGUGUGAAGUGCUCUUCUUUUUUGGCAAACAACUGUACAUCGCCUUCAAAAACGAAAUAAUAUUUGAACGAAAACGGAGAAUCAAACCAAAGGAGCCACCAUUGAUUAUUUUGCCAUAA